AGGCACUUAUGGCUACGGUGAGGAAACGUCAGAGAGAUUGGCCGUGAUUUUUAUUCUUCGUUUUUUUGAAGUCCAGUUUCCUUUGCUGUGUUGCCCAGUUUAGGUUUAUUUCCUUGUGAACAGUUUACCCUUUAAGUCAGGCGUGUCUUCCGUCCCCUUCCUCUUGGGUUAAUUAAGUCUUAUUUUAGUAAAUGAUGAGAAGAGAGUAGCAGUGCGUCGUCUGCAGUCUCAAGGAUCUUCCUAAAAAAUAAGUAAAAAAAAAAAGUUGUGAUGGCAGAGAGGGAAGUUAAGGAGAACAGUGAGAUGGAUGACCUGGAAGAUGCUAUGGGAGCUCUGUUAACAUCAGAGAACUACAUCAUUGUUGACAUUGGAGCUAACUUGACCAACAAAAAGUUCACAAGGGACCUAGACUCUGUUGUGUCAAGAGCUCGAGAUGCAGGAGUUCAUAAGAUCAUGGUGACGGGCAUCACAGUACAGAGCAGCAAAGACGCACUUCGCCUAACUCGUCUCUUCCCUGAAACACUUUACUCAACAGCAGGUAUCCAUCCUCAUGAAGCAAAGUCAUGGGAUGAUGAAACAGAAGAGGCACUUAGAGAAUUAGCGGCCAAUCAUGAAGUAGUGGCCAUUGGCGAGUGCGGACUGGACUUCAAUCGAAACUUUUCUCCUCAGGAUGUCCAGCUGGAGGUCUUUGAAAAGCAGGUCUCAUUAGCAUGUGAACUGAGGAAACCUUUAUUUGUACACGAACGAGACGCCCACAAGGAGGUGCUGGAGGUUUUGGGAAAGUACAAGGGUCGUCUGCCUCCGGUUGUAAUCCAUUGUUUCACUGGGGAUACUGCCCAGGCUACUGCCUACCUCAAAGAAGGCUGCUAUAUUGGACUAACAGGGUAUGUAUGGAAAGACAAGUCUGAGGAUGGCGUGCGACGUAUCUUGGAAGAUGGAGUGGUUCCCCUUGACCGCCUUUUAGUGGAAACUGAUUCUCCAUUCAUGUAUCCCAACACCCGUGCCUCCAAGCUUCCUCCUUAUGUUAAAGAGACUCUCACGGAAAGAUCUUUGACGUUUCUUCACCGAUAUUGCACUUUCCAACGUAACGAACCAUGUUCCCUUCCUGUAACUAUUGAAAUGAUUGCAGCUUACAUGAAGAAGAAGUCAGAACAGGUAGCUCUUCAAACCACUUUCAAUGCUCUUAAGGUAUUUGGUUUAAGCUCAUAAAUGAUUGGAAUGUAGGAAAUUUAUAUUAGUAAUUUUUGCAGUAUAAUUUGCAAUAAUUGUGCGAGUUCUGUUAGUAUUCAUCGUUACUUUGUAUUAUUAAAGUUUUAAUGUUUACCUAAAAAAAAUUCUCAAGCAAUAUUCAGAAUUUUUUAAUAUUUUCGGUUUUAUUAUUUAAUGUAAUAUAUGUGUG